AACAUUCAAAAACCUCAGCUAAAAGUUUAUUAAACUUCAUAAGUGGUGUUGAAAUAUUUACACUACCCUGCUGCAAGAUGAGUCAGCUAAAUUCUACUCACUUAAAGAGACAGUGCCAACUAAAUUAAUACUGUUGUUCUAAGCUGUGGCUCCUAAUCAUUCUCCACACAAACUUGAUUUGCUUGAAAUGAAGUGCCCUUCUGCUAACAAACGGAAAGAUUGCUCUCAUUUCAGUUUGGGGAGCAUGGCACUAAUUGCCAGGAUUCUGGCCUGGUUAAAUUGGUACCAUUUCCACUGUUUUGUGAUUUUUUUUUUUAAGCGUUAAUAAUUAUUAAAAUAUUAUUUUAACUCACUAAAGGAUGUCUUUGUUGUGGUUGGAAAAAAACGUGAAUGCAAUUUCCUUUUAAUCAUGCUUUCAAAUAAUGUCACAGAAUUCAAAAGUAAUUUUUCUUAAUGUAUAUUUAUACAGAGGAAAAUCUAUUAAAUUCAGUUCAUUAUUUCUAUGCUAAUUUAAACAAGAUUUCCGGAAAAGCAAAGAUGUGCUUGCUGUGUGAAGUUCUUUCUGAUAGCCUCGUGUUAUGUAUUAAACCAUUACCAAAAAUUAUGUUUUUAUAUUGCUUUACUACACCAAGUUCAAUCUUUGAAAGGUUUUGCUUUUGGGCAGGAAGAUACUUGUUAAAAUUAAGAGAGCCUUUGGCAGAGAAAUUGCAGCUGCAGGUUUCUAGGCACUGGGGCUAGGUAUGCCUGCCUCAAAGCAGAUCAGAUUACUGAGGAGGUCCAAAGACAUCUAAGACUACUUUAGUUUGGGGGGGGUCGGUUUUAAGAAAGCUGUAGAGGCAACAAUCCAACACUUAGCCAACUGAACUAAUGUCAAGAGGGUUAGGUUAUUUUGGAAUGCUUUUUUUUUUUUUUCUCCCCAUUUUGUGCUUUUAACCAAUGAAGUAAUUAAUUUGAAAUGGUCUAUUCAUAGUGCAAGAGUGCAAAAAGUAAAAAUGCCAGUUUCCUAAAUUGGUUCAAACAACCCCAAACUGACCUCAGAAAUUGAAAUUAAAUAGUAACAGGUAAAAUCACACACUUUAAUGGUAGAAUUUAUUUUUGGUCCUUAUAUAGUUCAUUCACAUUCUUUUCGUUUUGUUGCUUUGGUUUUUUGAGUCUGUCCCUGAAUCCCCAGCUGGCCUAGAACUAAGGUCUCUCUCGCUUGUUUCUUCCCCCAUAGUGCUGGGACUAAAGGUGUGCGCCACAUCUUAUUUUUUUAUUUUUUAAAGACUGUAAGAUACUCGGAUUUUUCUGUUCAUUCUUGUAAAUUAUAACAUGGCUUUGGUUUUUGUUAGUAACAGACUUGGUGUGUAAAAAUAAUAACAAAGGUAUACUGGUAAAUUUUGGUGGUGUGCUAAUUCCUAAAAAUUUUCUUUGUUUAUAGCAGAAAAAUAUGGCUCAGGAGACUAACCAGACCCCAGGGCCCAUGCUGUGUAGUACAGGAUGUGGCUUUUAUGGGAAUCCUAGGACAAAUGGAAUGUGUUCUGUUUGCUACAAAGAACAUCUUCAGAGGCAGCAGAAUAGUGGCAGAAUGAGCCCAAUGGGGACAGCUAGUGGUUCCAACAGUCCUACCUCAGAUUCUGCAUCUGUACAGAGAGCAGAUGCUAGUUUAAACAGCUGUGAAGGUGCUGCUGGCAGCACAUCUGAAAAGUCAAGAAAUGUGCCUGUGGCUGCCUUGCCUGUAACUCAACAAAUGACAGAAAUGAGCAUUUCAAGAGAGGACAAAAUAACUACCCCGAAAACAGAGGUGUCAGAGCCAGUUGUCACUCAGCCCAGUCCAUCAGUUUCUCAGCCCAGUACUUCUCAAAAUGAAGAAAAAGCUCCUGAGUUGCCCAAACCAAAGAAGAACAGAUGUUUUAUGUGUAGGAAGAAAGUUGGCCUUACAGGGUUUGAUUGCCGAUGUGGAAAUUUGUUUUGUGGACUUCACCGUUACUCUGACAAGCACAACUGCCCGUAUGAUUACAAAGCAGAAGCUGCAGCAAAAAUCAGAAAAGAGAAUCCAGUUGUUGUGGCUGAAAAAAUCCAGAGAAUAUAAAUAACUACAUGCGAAGAGACUGAAAUUUUGUGUUUAUUUUAAUAUUAUCGUAGGAAAACAUUAAAGAGCAGAUGCAUGGCCAUUUUCCUUUGAUGUUCUCCAGAGUUUUACUUUACAUUUGUCUGUCUGAUAAUUGAUAUUUUAGGAUGUUUGGGUGUUUGUUACAGGCAGAAUUGGAUAGAUACAGCCCUACAAAAUGUAUAUGCCCUCCCCUCAGUAAAAUUGGAUGAAAAUCUGCACAGCAAAUUGAACACACAGAUAAUAGGAACAAAAUUUAGUUCCAUGUGCCAAACAAAAUGAAUGAAAUCUCUGCAUGUUUGCAGCAUAUCUGCCUUUUGGGAAUGUAAUCAAGGUAUACUCUUUGGCUAAUGUUAUUAUGUGCCUGUAUUUAAAAAAAAGAAAAAAGAAAAAAAAAAAGGUACACCAGAAAAGGACUGGCAGUCUACUACCAUAGUUAAACUUCACCUUAAUUUCGACAUCUUUUUUGGAAGCAGGAAGAAAGCUAUAAAGAGGAUCAGAGCUUCCUUUCUAUGAAGCCAGUAUUUGGUGCCAUGUGUAAGCCUGAUAAAUUGGUCUUCUCAAAGCUGUCAAUUAUGCCAUUCUGCAGAAGGUAACAUCUCACCUGGUUGUAAGUAAAGACACCAAGUCAACUUCAGGGUCCUGAGAUAAUCUUUGAAGCUUACUGUACUGGCCUGCACCGGAAGAUGUCUGCAUUAUUGUCAUUACUAAAAAUGUAGCACAGAACUGCAGUAGGAUUGAUUUGUUUACAAGAAGAAAUUAAAACUCUGUUUGAUUUUCAUAUACAGCAGCUCUGUUAAAUAACAUGCAUCUGAAUUUUAAGUUGCAAAGGUAUCUGAACAGUUAAUUUUUCAUAUGCAUCUUUAUUUGAAUGUUUUGGUUCAAGAAAGAAUGUUUAAAGCUUUUUAAAAGACUUCAGUUUUUAAUGUAACUGUACCCUUCUGCAUGGAAAAUCAUAACCAACAUGGCUGCAGUAGACUUCUUAGUGGUAUCCAGCACCACUUGCAGAGGGCUGCUUUAUCAUAUUGUAUCUGGGUGUAGGACUCUAGUGUUCUUGGGUGUAUUGCAUGGGCUGCAUUAUAUACAGCAUUGUACAAUAACAACUAGAAAAGGCAGUAUACUUCACUGAUGCUUGUCUGGUAAUAAUCACUUCUGUGUUAUAAUGGAAGGUUUUUGUGAUGUAUGAAACUUGUGUUUUUUAUAUAUAAAUGAGAAUAGUUAGAUUAGUGUUGUGGUAAUGCCUGUUUUCAUCUGUAAAUAGUUAAGUAUGUACACAAGGCACUACUGAUUUAUUGCAGUGUUCAGUCCUAGUUUUUUCUUUAUUCUUAAAGUAUUCAGUUUUCCUUUCAGUUUUAUGUACCUUAGUUCUGAGUUAGAUCUGCAGAUGUGUACAGAUAGUUCAUAUUUAUGUAUUGCACAUAAUCAUGCUAUUCAGCAUCGAUGCUAUAUUGUAUUAUGUAAAUAAUAAAAGCAGUGUACAGAGGGAAA